AUGGACGACAAAUUCGGACUUCAAUACCCCUUCAUCAAGGUAUACGCUGGCCGUUACCACUACAAUCCUUCAUGCACUCUCUCGUUGUCAACCUUCGAAAUGUCCUCCCACGAUUUCUCCUCAUCCCGACGCCGAAGAAAAAGAAACACGUAUUCUCCACGUACUUUCUCGUCAUGCGAGAGUGUCUUCGAUAUACUAAACGAGACAGCGCCACCGGAUCCACUUUGGCAGUUCCCUCCUUCGGAAGAUGUACUUGCUGAGCGCUUUUCGUGGGGCAUAGACGGUCACGGGACUGUCGAUCCGGCAGACGCAUGCGCAUAUGAGCCAUAUCUUGCUUCUGGAGAUAAUGAAGACCUUUUUUACGACGGGACCUCCGAUUCUGAGGUUACAUCGUCCGCUGCUGGCUUGGUGGAUGACGACAGGGAGGGGCAGGACUACUGCUUGGCAGCCGCAGAACAGAGCUAUUUUGCGGAUGAAUUAUUUGGCGACGUUUAUUCUGUAGAGGAUACCUUCAGCUUUAUGGACGAGGAGUGGCCAUCGCUUAAGACCUCCGAAUUCGACAGCGUUACACAAGUCGAAAAUAAACUCCCGCAAGGCCUCGAAAUCAGCAACUGGACGGACCCGAGCCCGCAGAACAACCAAAGCUAG